CGCGUGGUGUUGGAAUCAUAAAAUCCGCAACCACAGCCAUCUGCGUUGUGCGCAUAGAAAACAAAGUAAACAGAAUAGGCGUCACCGUAGGAGCGAUUUGUGCAAUCGUUGUCGUCCUCCCACCCACUUCUCUGUUCUCGUCCCCGUCGUUGCCGUCGAAUUGUGGGAGUGAAAACAAAGCGCAUAUUGCAUCGCGUAGUUUCGCGCGGCGUGAGGUGAGAGCUGUAAAAACAACCCCCUUUCUCAAGCCGCCUACGCCAUCGCUAGAGUGGGAAGAAGAAUAUUCUUCUCGUAAAGUGCUUCUCUCUGUCUCUAUCAUUCUCUCUCUGCUGCUUGUGUUUGUUUGUGGUGAACAAGUGUGUUGGUCUAGUGUGGGGAGCAACGAACGGAAUCACAACAUUCCCGUUCUGUGCUGUGCGUGUUGGAGCCUUCCGGCCCCAUUAGUGCUCCAUCACGGCUAUCAUGUGAGCAUCAAUCCGUGCGUACGUACGUGUGUGUGCUUGUGAGCAGAUAAAGCAGUCAUCUGACAACAGUGGGUGGUGGUGAUGGGUGGGUGGCAUCAUCAUCUGCCAGUAGGAUGUCACCACACAGAUCGUCAGCUGGUCGGCUGGUGAUGAUGCGAGCAUUAAGCUCACCUCGAUAGGACUACCACGGAAACCGAAAGAGCCAUCGAUCGAGCGUGAAGACAGGGAAAGAGCGAGAAAGAUAUUACCACAACGGAUGCGUGCGCGCCGGAAGGAAACCCAAGGAUUUAGGGGGUAGAAGGAGGAUACCGGAAACCGGAAAAAAGGAUAGUGCCCCGAUCAAGCUAAAGUUCGUCAACCAUGGCGUCACUGAAGGUUGCGGUCCGGGUGCGGCCCUUUAAUCAAAGGGAGCAUGAGCUCGGCGCAAAGCUCAUUGUGCAGAUGGAUGGUAAGAAGACGCGGCUGCUGAAACCGAAGCUCGGCACGGGAAAUGGAAUCCGCGUGGAUCUGGCCUCGCGGGCAGCGCAAGAUCCGUUCAAUGACUUUACGUUCGACCACUCCUACUGGUCAGUGGACGAGCGGGAUGCCCACUUUACGCCCCAGGAUACCGUGUUCGAAGAUCUCGGCACCGAGAUCGUCGACUGUGCCUUCCAGGGGUACAACGCUUGUGUCUUCGCCUACGGACAGACCGGGAGUGGCAAAACGUUCACCAUGAUGGGUACGGCUGAGGCGCAGGGUCUGAUCCCGCGCAUCUGUCGCUCGUUGUUUGGUCGCAUGAAGCUUGGCCUGGAGGAAGGCACGGGGUACAAGACUCAGUGCUCCUACCUGGAGAUCUACAACGAACGGGUAAAGGAUUUGCUUGGACCGAGCAAUGCCGGCCACGGGCUGAGAGUGCGCGAACAUCGUUCACUGGGACCGUACGUGGAGAACCUAUCCCAGCAUCCCGUGUCGGACUACGCGGAAAUACAGAACUGUAUGAUCCAGGGUAACAUUCAGCGGACGACGGCCAGCACCAACAUGAACGAUACGAGCAGCCGAAGCCAUGCGAUCUUCACGAUCACCUUCGUGCAGGCACGCUAUUUGAACGGAUUGCCGAGUGAAACGGUGUCCAAGAUUCAUUUGGUCGAUUUGGCGGGCAGUGAGCGGGCCAACGCAACCGGUGCCACGGGUCAGCGGCUCAAGGAGGGUGCACACAUCAACAAAUCGCUCGUUACGCUCGGAAGCGUGAUAUCGGCGCUUGCCGAACAGACGAAUCCGACCAACAACAAGCGUGUCCUGUACAUACCGUACCGUGAUUCGAUCCUGACGUGGUUACUGAAGGACAGUUUGGGCGGUAACAGUAAGACGAUCAUGAUUGCGGCCAUUUCACCUGCGGACGUCAACUACAGCGAGACGCUGAGUACGCUUCGGUACGCGAAUCGCGCCAAGAACAUCAUCAACAAACCGACGAUCAACGAGGAUCCGAAUGUGAAGCUAAUCCGUGAGCUGCGCGACGAGAUCUACAAGCUGAAGCUGAUGAUCUCAAGCGAUACGACGGCCGCCCUGGAACCAUCGCUCAAGGUGCUGGAGGAUCUGCAAAAGAAGGAAGCACAGGAGAAGGUGCUGACGGAGGAGUGGACGGAGAAGUGGCGCGAGGCGCAGUCGAUACUGCGAGAACAGAAGUCGCUCGGUUUACGCAAAUCGGGUGUCGGUGUUGUGCUGGACUCGGAGAUGCCUCAUCUGAUCGGUAUCCACGAUGAUAUCAGUACCGGAGUGACGCUGUACAGCCUAAAGGAGGGCGAAACGACGAUCGGUACGGACGAGGCAUCCCAUCCGCAGGACAUCAUACUGAACGGGAUCGGUAUCGCGCCCGAACACUGUCGCAUCGUGCUAUCGAAUGGGAACGCCACCAUCUACCCGAAUCCGAACGCCACCUGUCUACUGAAUGCGUGCAUCAUCGAGGUACCGACGGCGAUCAGCCAGGGCGAUAUACUGCUGCUCGGGCGGACAAACAUGUUCCGCUACAACAACCCAGCGGAAGCGGCCAAACUGCGCCA